AUGGAAGAUUAUUUAACGAUGCAACGUCUGUUUGAGAACAAGAUAUGUGCAUUCAAAGAUACCGGUGAUGACUCAAAAGUUACGAUUCCGAUUCCAGAGUCAUUUUGUAAAUUACAUGAAAAGCAUAAUCAGGAGAAACUCUCAGAGUCUGUCCGUCAAAUGGCAAUUUCAGAUGAUGUCGAAUUCAAGGCAGACAAAGUGAGAAUCAAGAAAAAACUGUUUCGAAGUUUUUUUACGGAAGCAAUUGACGGUAUUUUAAACACUGUAGAAAAUGUACUGUCCAGAAUUUAUUUGAAAAUUGACACUAUAAUUUACGUUGGAGAAUUUUCUGACUGUAAGUUACUUAAAGACGCAUUCCGUGCGAAAUUUCCAGACAAGACUCUAAUAAUUCCGGAGAACGCCGUGACUUCAAUCAUGAAAGGAGCAAUCAUUUCCGUUCGGGAUCAGUCUGUUGUCAACAAACGUAUUAGCCGGUACACUUUCGGUUUGGACUGGAACGAGGAUUUUGACCCAGAUAACCAUGACCCAUCAAAACGUGAAGAAACAGAUGACGGACAUGUCUGCAGAGAUAUAUUUAGAAAAUCGAUAGGAAAGGGGGACGAAGUGACCUUAACUUGGGUUUUUGAUCAGAACAGAAUGGACUUUCUUUAA